AAACUUAAGGAAACAGAAACAGACUCAGUAUAAGAGCAGCUGCUGACUCCUCAGCAGGAUCAGACUCAGGAUGGGAGUUCAAGGUCUGGCCACUUUGAUCAAGAAUCACCGGACGAUCUACCGGGACGUCCGGUUCAGGAAGAGCCGGCUGGUGAUCGACGGCUGCAACCUGAUCUACCUGCUGUACUUCAACUCAGGUCUGGACCAGAAUCGUGGCGGGGAGUACGCUGCGUUUGAGGACCUGAUUGAGAAGUUCAUCAAAGCCCUCAGAGACUGCGGGGUUACACCGUACGUGGUGCUGGAUGGAGGCGCCGACUUAACCGGCAAGAAGGUCGAAACUACAACGCUCAGAGCCAAGGAUAAAGUGAAGAGAGCCCAUCGAGCGGCGGUGGGAGACAUGAAGCAGAAUAUCCUGCCACAGCUGGCCGAGCUGACCCUGCUAAAUUGGCUUGCAAGGGUGCAGAGAGCUCAGCCUCCUCCAGAUGAGAGUCUGCUGAAGGCGCUGCUGCUGGGAAUAAGUAACGGAGAGGCCCUGAGACAAAGAGCAGCUUUGCAGAUUCAGAAUGAAUACUGUAAACAGAAGCUGGAUGUGAGGGUGGUCCACGCCUUCAACCAGUGGCAGUCCUGCCUCAAGGACAGCAUCCACCUGAACCAGCUGCUGGGCUUCCCGUUACCUGAACCACAGAUCGCACGGUUGUAUGAGGGGACGGUGGUCCACCAUCUGGUCUACUGGAUGAGGACUGGUGGAAAACUGAAGCACUUUUUGAAGAGUGAUUGCUCAAGUGUGAAACAGUACCAGGCCAUGCUGGCCGUCGUGCACCAGCUUCCCACUCAGGAGGUGUCGACGCCGUCAGAGAUCCAGAAGACAGCGACGGCUUUACAGCGGCAGCCUCUGAACGACCUGACCGCAAACCUGCAGCAGCUGUACGGAGACGAGGACGAGGAGGCUGCGACUGAAGUCAGAAGUGCAGUCAAAGCACUGGAGGAUAUACAUCUGGAUGAUUUAGUGUCGGUGAGAACUCGGUACAAAGCUAAAGAGAGGAACAAUCGGUGCAAAAACCUCUGAUCUCAGCCUAAUAAUAAUAUGUAAUUCCUCAGGAUUUCAUUAGACACAUGAAUGAAUCCCUUUAAAGCUGCAAUAAUACAAUUUUGGCCUCUUAGGGCAGUAAAACAAGCUGUACACAACAUCUGACAUAUUAUCUCCUUAUACAGUUUUUAGCUGUUUGCUAACACAUUUUAUAAACUUCUGAUAAAUAUAAGUCCAAUAUUCACUAUUUUAGGACCUGCAGCUCUUUAGCUGCUAAAUGCUCCACCGCGUUUGUGUCGUCACUCCAGAACAAAGACCAAGUGUGUAGUGGUUUCUCUUUCUCUGAGUUUUUCUUUUUUUAAUAGUAGUCAUAUUAAGAAGAGAGUUGAAAUGUUGUGUAUUUCUGUUUCUAUGGGUUUGUAAGCAUUUUAAGUUGAUCUAUCGUGGAUUAUGUUUUAUUUAAGGUAUUUUCAGGUUGUCUUAAAAAGUCUAUAUAUAUUUAUGAAUAUAUAUUUACAUAUCUCUUUUUGAAUGCACAUGUAAUUAAUCAAAACCAGUCCUCCUAUAUUGUACAAACUGAGUUUGCUCAGCAGUUGCUGAAAUAUUGUCCAUUUAGGUAAUUAUGCUAAUUCUUGCUAAAGCUAAUGGCAAACAUAUGCACGUUUCUAAAUGCUGGGAACCCAUACUGUACAUCUGUAACAUAAAACCAAAACUCUGGGUUCACAAUGGGGUGAACUUCUGUUUACAAAUGUCUGAUUUUUAUAGCUGCACUUUUUCCAUCUUUUGUAAAAAUGUAUAAAUUCUUGAAAUUUUUUAGAAAAGUUUUGUGAACAAAUAUAACAACAUGAAGGAAAGUGUUUUUAUUUUUAAAUAUGUAUCCGUUUAAUUGAUUUGUGUAACAUGACAAUGGCUGAAUUCAUGUUGAUUGAAGACUUUAGAGCUUAAAUCAGGGUUUUAUCCUUGAAAACCUUGUUCAAUCUCAUGUAGUCAAAGUUUUACAGAAACGUUUCGUGCUUCAUUCUGUACAAAAACAUCAGAUGAAUAAGUGAAAUUCUGUUUUAAAAUGUAGAUUUCUUUCUAUUUUGUUUAUGGAGGAAAGUUUCAAGCUUUUGUAGAUUGUUGAACUUUCUGAAUGAAUUUCUCUGUAACUGGUAAAUGUUUUAAGUGGGAAGAUACAAAUCUCAUAACAUGAAGAACAUUUGUAAAAUUCUUAUUUUUUUCCAAUCUCAGAUUUAUUUCCUAAAUGUAUUUGCACUCAGGGAGGGAGGAGUCAAGGAAUAUAAAAUAAGGAAAUGUUAAAACUCUCUAUAAAUCUGCUAUAUGGUGUAAAAUUAUAGUUUUAAUAAACUUUGAUAUAAACUUUUGAA